AUGGAGUCAAGUGAAGACGACGACACGAGGAGCGUCGCUGCUUCGUCCGUCAUGUCUCUGUUCCACAGGCUGCAGCUGGAUCCUCUGGAGAAGGACUGGAUGAGGAGCUGUGCUUCAGGAAACAUGGCUGCCCAACGUCAGCUGCUGGCUCAGGAGCCCAGCCUGGUCCUAAAGAAGACGGCGCUUCACUGGGCAGCCAAGCAGGGCCGGCAGGAGGCCGUGGACAUGAUGCUUCGCUCCGGAGCCGACGUCAACGUCAGAUCGGUGAGCGUUUGUGUAUCAGCAGCCUCAUGCACUUUAAUAACCAAACAGCCUCGGCUCUGCAGCACAGAUCGUCCCUAAUAUUCACCUUAAAGGAACAGUUUCACUUUUUCAGAAGCUGCCGUUCCUUGAGCGAGAUGGUGACACUGAAAAUGGGAUUUUAAAUGUGACGCUUCUUGUCAUUGAUCUCCUGUUAG